UCAUGUGAUCCCUUUUUUCCUCCUCCUUCUCUUUUUCUUCCGUCGAAGUUGAAAGGCAGGAGCGAAGCCACCACUUUGCUGCCUUUUCCUUCGCACACUGAUCGUGGAUGCAACGAGUUCGUAUCUUUUGAGGAGCCACUCCGUCUAUUUUUCCUCCCAUCACAAUGGCGGGAGCAAUUAUCGAGAACAUGAGCACCAAAAAGUUGGUGAUAGUAGGAGUUAUACUGCUUUUGUUCCAGGCGUUCGCUUUCAUGGUCGGUGGGUUAAUUGCUCCUAGCCCCACCACUGCAGUCCACUACCUGGCCACCAAAUGUGUGGACACUGUCAAGCAUCGCCAGGAAACCAAGUGGUUCAUGCCUUGGGGUCCUAACCAAUGUGACAAGAUCCGGAACCUUGAAGAGGCCACGGCUAAGAGGAUUGAGGCCAACAACAUUGUGUUUGCUGUGCACAUUCCUCUGCCUAACAAGGAGAUGAGUCCCUGGUUCCAGUUCAUGCUAGUCAUCCUGCAGUUUGACAUUGCAUUCAAGAUGUACAACCAGAUAGAGGAUGGUGCGAUGGUUACCGUUGAUGUGAGCCUGGCCUAUCGAGAUGAUACAGUCAGUGAGUGGACGCAGAUGGCUCACUCACUUGAACAACGGAAGCUCAACUGCAAUUUUACAAUUUCCAAGACAUUUGAAAAUGAGGGCCGUUACUAUGAGUGUGACCUGCUGCCCUUCAUGGAAGUCGGCAGUGUGGCACAUAAGUAUUAUCUCCUCAACAUCCGUCUGCCCGUCACUGAGCACAAGAGGAUCAACGUGGGCAUUGGAGAAAUAAAGGAUAUUCGACUAGUUGGAAUCCACCAAAAUGGAGGUUUCACUCAGGUUUGGUUUGCCAUGAAGACAUUCCUCACACCCAGCAUUUUAAUCAUCAUGAUCUGGUACUGGAGGCGGAUCACGCUUAUGACUCGACCUCCUGUGCUGUUGGAGAAAGUUAUCUUUGCUCUGGGCAUCUCCAUGACAUUCAUCAACAUCCCAGUGGAGUGGUUCUCCAUUGGCUUUAACUGGACCUGGAUGUUGCUUUUUGGAGACAUCCGGCAAGGCAUUUUCUACUCCAUGUUGCUGUCCUUCUGGAUCAUAUUCUGCGGGGAGCACCUCAUGGACCAAACGGAGAGGAAUCGCUUCUCAGUGUAUUGGAAACAAGUCGGGCCCAUCGUGUUUGGGUCUUUCUGUCUUUUUAUUUUUGAUAUGUGUGAGAGAGGUGUCCAGUUGACAAACCCCUUCUAUAGCAUCUGGGCGUCUGAUGUUGGAACUGAACUGGCUAUGGCGUUCAUAAUAGUAGCAGGGAUUUGCGCCUGCCUCUACUUCCUCUUCCUCUGCUUCAUGGUUUUCCAAGUCUUCCGAAACAUCAGUGGGAAGAGGACUUCACUGCCUGCUAUGUCCAAAGCCAGACGCUUGCACUAUGAGGGUUUAAUUUUUAGGUUCAAAUUUCUCAUGUUGGUCACUUUGGCCUGUGCUGCCAUGACCGUUAUCUUCUUCAUCAUCAGUCAGGUGAAUGAGGGUCACUGGCACUGGGGCGAACACACCGUGCAGGUGAACAGCGCCUUCUUCACAGGCAUCUACGGAAUGUGGAACCUGUACGUAUUUGCCAUCAUGUUCUUGUACGCCCCCUCUCACAAACGUUACGGAGACGACCAAUCAAGUGGACAGUGCAUCACGGGAGAAGCUUCAGCAAACAGCGGAGAGGACAUCCAACUGACUACCACCAUCACUCACGUCGACGGUCCCACCGAGAUCUACAAGAUGACUGGAAAAGAGGCCCAAGAGUAAACCCACUCACUGUUACUCACACCUUCCCUAUAUUAUCAACUCUUCCAGUUUCCUCUUACCUACUGUGUACAUAAGUUACAUUUUUUUUCCAGCAACAACAGUCCACUUUGCAUGAACUUUAAAAGUUAGGGAUACUACUUUUUGUGAGUAGCUGACAUCCCAAGAUCAAGUCAUUUUCAUUUCAUGUUGGGUGCAUUUCAUACUUGCUGCCUACUAUUUUGUUUUUAAAUGUUACACAACUUUUGACACCAAGCAGAGUACUUGAAAGCUACUUUAUAUUGAUUCACAAUGUUACAUUUAGUGUGUUUUGCACUGCAGUUGAAUUCUGAGGGUUAUAGAGGAACCAGAUCUACCACACAGCAAAUUUGGCAUAAUAGCAUUUACACUCAAACUAAGAAAAUGGAUCAACAACCUUCAAACUGUUAAAACUGGGUUAAUGUUGUUUAAUAAAUUAACAUUGGCUGCCAAUGACAGCGAUAGAUGUUGAAACCAUUUUGACUGGGGAGAGCUGGCAGCAAUCAUUCAUUUGGAACAUGAUCAUUCACUGCCACUUUCUUAAAAAAAAAAAAAAAAAGUACAUGAUGUGACGCAGCAUUUGAUGAGUGGUGUUUCGUUUCUAUUAAAUAUUAUAGGGGGGAAAUGUACAGACCACAUAGCCUAUUUUUAUAGUUUCUUUUUCCAACUUCAAUAUUCUGUAUCAAGCUCUGUUAUGAGUUUAGAAGUUGCCAGUAGUAUGUUAAAUGUCAUAUUUUCUGUUCUUUGAUUUUUAUUGUAAUUUAAAUAAAUGUACUUUUACGUACUUUUUUUUUUUUUUUUUGCUU